AUGUACAUUGCCGACGUCUUGGCCAGCGACCUCACGCGACCAACGAGACGCAACCACGCAACCCCCGUCCUGAUUCAAGUGCUCCUAGCGCUGAAAUUCUUCGCUACCGGCACCUUCUUGAUCACGGCGGGGGACUUUCUGCAUCUGCACGAAUCCACAACGUCACGGUGGCCAACAGCAGCGGAAGUCCCCGAACUGCAGCGGCAGUUCUACGCCGUGGACGGCUUUCCGGGCGUCGUAGGAGCCAUCGACGGCACCCACGUUCGGAUCCAAGGGCCACCGCUGCACGAGGAAGUGUUCGUGAACCGACACUUCUACCAUUCCAUCAACGUGCAGCUGGUGGUCGACGCGCGCUCAAGGAUCCUCAACGUGGUUGCCAAGUGGCCCGGAAGCGUCCACGACUCGUACGUGCUGUCGCAGAGCAGUGUCGGGGAGAACUUCGCAACGGCCGCGUACGGCGGCCUCCUCAUCGGCGAGAGCGGCUAG